AUGGUGGCUCAUCCUCCACUUGAUAGCUCGCUGAGCUCACUUUCGGUCCACGGGUAUAUUCCAACAUGGUAUGUUGCAAUUGUUCACCCAGCUUCAGAGAGAAGGACAAUCCAAUGGACCAUGAUCAUUAAUGCUAUGGUGUGGACUGGCAGCUUUCUACUCACUGUGCCUGUGAUGCUUUAUUCAAGGACCCUCCAGCAGGAAGAUGUAGAAGUUUGCAUUUUGGACUUGCCCUCUGGUCCUGCAGACAUGUACUGGUAUACAUUAUAUCAGUCAACUGUGGGCUUCAUCAUCCCCCUCCUCAUUAUUAGUACUUUCUAUUCACUCACUCUCUACCAUGUAUUCAGGUCCAUCCGCAGGGUACGCAGGAGGCAGUCUGUCUGGGCAAAGAGGGCCACUAAGACUGUUCUCAUGGUCAUCGCAGUUUUCUUGCUGUGCUGGUCACCUUUUCAUGUCAUGCAAGUUCUCAACCUCAGCACGGAGGCCCCCACUCCCACCUUUCUCUAUGCCUACCAUAUCAGCAUAUGCCUCAGUUAUGCUCACAGCUGCAUUAAUCCCUUGAUGCUACUCUUUUUUGCUCAAAAUUUUCAAGAAAGGCUCUGUCCACACAAGCAGUCACAUAGCAGCCAGCAAAGCACCUCUAAGCAAACCGUGGUCAAGGCGGAUGGUAGCUCCACCAUCACAGUGGAUACUAAUUAUCGCUGUACUGUCAUUUGAAAACGUGAUGAAAACAGUGAAAAUCUUUCUCAUAUGAUACUAU